AUGAAUACAAUGGAAUUCUUAAAUCGCACUAAUCAUAGAAAUCUUAAAUCGCAAAUCUCUGUCAAGGUAGCGCAGCGUAUGCAGGCAUAUGCCCAGGACCUGGAAAACCGACGCUGGGCACUCGCUUGCCAAUUACAUGCUGAGGCAAUCCAAUAUGAUGAAGAGGUGGCCCAAAUUCUUUUGGCCCAGGCCGAAAAGGCUGAAGAGCAACGCUAUGAAUGGAUUGAAAUGGAGCUUCUUAAACGAGCAGAGGUGGAGGCAGAGCUGGUGAAGAUUAAGCAACAACAAAGGGAAUUAGAAAGUUCCGAAUCACAUCGUCACAUGCAAUCUAAACAAAUUCUUUUGGAGACCAAGCAAGGUCAGCUCCAGCAAAUAGCUGAUCGUCAAAAGUUGCGUCAACGCGAAGCUUGUGUGAAGCAAUUGUGGCAUCGCGUCUGGCAAAAAUUGGAUGAGACCAAGGAACAACAGUUGCAGUACGAAGAGAAGUUGCGCCGACGUGUCGAGACUCAACGCCAGGCCGAGAAUUGUGCCAUCCAUGAGGAAAAGAAGUUGCAGCUUUCCCAGGAAAUCCUAAAUGAGCAGCGAGCCUAUGCCGAGGCCAUGGAAUUGGCAGCUCAAGCUGAUGGCAUUAAAAAACAGCAGGAGUUGCUCAAAGUUCAGGGCAAGCGAAUGCAACAACUUGCUGAUCUGCAAGAUCAAAUAAACAGGAAUCUCAAAAUUGCCAGCAAUAUGGCAAAGGCCAACUACCAAGAAGAUAUGGGCUAUAAUAUACGUGAAGAUAGUCAAAUCUUUGACGAACUAAUGGACAAGCAUUGUGCCAGGGCCCGCAAUCGUGAGUGGCACCAAAGCUAUAUGUGCCACACGGCUUUGGAACGUGCCGGCCAGCGGAAGCAGCAACUGCAGCAUGAACAUGCCUAUCUGGGAACGGGCUGUGUGAUAAGCCAGCAAUUGAAGCAACCAUAUGGCAAAGAAGUGCGAUGAGUUGAUUUUACUAUAUGCAAUAUUGAUCAACUUUGAUAACUGCCCAUA